AUGACGAUGCUCCCCUCCUCUUCGUUUCACCUCCUUCCGAUUCGCUUCGAUGCGCGCUACACGACGGCCUCCUCGUCGAUCCCGUACGGCGUCAAGCGACUACUCGCACCAUCCGAAUCAUCAUCAUCAAAUGGCGGCGACGUAGAGGCUCAUGCUCAGCACGAGCUCGUGCCCGACCCCGACGGCUGCCCCGAGGUGGUGCCCCUCGGCGCGCGGCGGCUGCACGAGGCCGCCUGCCCCUACGCCCCCGCCCAGUGCCCGUACUGCGACGCGUCGAGCCUCCGCCGCAUGACCGUCGCGCAGCACACGCGCACCUGCGCACACAUCCCGUGCCCACACCGCGGCGUGGGCUGCGCGUUCGAGGGCGCCGAGGCCGAGCUCGAGGCCCACCUCCGGGCGUGCGUGUACGAGGGCCUCCGGGGCUUCUUGGCCAAGUACGAGGAGGACCGGGCCAACCUCGUCCGUCGCCUCCGCGAGCAGCGCCUCGAGAACAUGGCCCUGACCGACACCGUCGCCCAGCUCACCACCCGCCUACAGGAGCUCGUCACCACGCUCGACGCCAAGACCGCGCACUACGAUUCGGUGAUCCAGCGGCUCACGGACGGCCAGCGCACGAACAUCCGCCCAAUGGGUCCGACCGUGCUGCGGCCGCCCUCGCAGAGCACCGUCAUGCCCCCGGCCGUACUCGGCCGAUCGGCACCUCCGCCCGAAGAGACGGACGUGGACUCGCACAGCUUCAAGCUGAAGGGCGAGUUCAAUGGCCACGACGGCCCCGUCUGGGCGUUGGCGGUCAACAAGAAGCGACAGAUGCUCGUCAGCGGAUCCUCCGACGAGACCAUUCGCAUUUGGGACCUCGCGACGUUCAAGACGCGGAACACACUGGUGGGCCACGGCGGAAUCGUGCACGCGGUGGUGGUGGUCGGGCGCAAGCUCAUCAGCGGCUCGUCGGACAAGACCAUCCGCGUGUGGAAUCUGAAGACGAUGAAGCUCGAGCGCACGAUCACGGGCCACGGCAACACCAUCUGCAAGCUGGUGGUGGAGGGCAACCUCCUCUUCUCCGGCAGCUACACCGAGAUCAAGGCACGCCCACUCUCGGAUUCGCCGCGGGGCGUGCCGCCGCCAGCAUCGGUCGUCGUCACCGUCGUGUGGAACGUGAAGACGUUCGCCUGCAUCGCCACGCUCAAGGGACACAACCACUGGGUGCGCGCGCUCUGCGUAUCCAACGGCAUCCUCUACAGCGGCUGCCACAACCUCAUCAAGGCACCCCUCCCCGCCCACACUCAUAUAGUGUGGGACGUGAGCGCGUUCAGGUGCAUCAAGAACCUCACCGGCCACUACGGGAGCAUCUACUCCAUCGCCGUCGCCGACCGCUACAUCCUGGCGGGCACCUACGAGAACGCGAUCAUGGUGUUCGAUCUGGACACCUUCGAGUGCGUGCGGGCGCUGGCCGGCCACAUGGGCGCCGUCUACGCGGUGUGCAUCCACCAGCGACGCCUCUUCACGGGCUCCUACGACAACCACAUCAAGGUGUGGAACCUCGACAACUUCCGGUGCGUGCAGACCCUCAAGCGACACACGAGCAGCGUGGAGGCCCUCGUGGUCGACGACGACGGCCUCUACAGCGCCUCCUCCGACAACUCCAUCAAGAUGUUCAGCUAG